AUGCCGCCCAAGAAGGUCGAAACCGUCACGGACAAUGUCGUUGCUUUCGGAAGGGUUCGCAAGAACCUGAAGAUGGGAUGCGUUGGUCUGCCCAAUGUGGGGAAAUCGAGUCUUUUUAAUCUCUUGACCGAGCAGAGCGCCGCCGCAGAAAACUACCCAUUUUGUACCAUUGAGCCCAAUGAGGCGAGAUGUGCUGUUCCGGACGCUCGAUAUGACUUUCUCUGUGACCUCUGGAAGCCGCCGUCCUCGUACCCAGCGUAUCUACAGGUCACUGACAUCGCCGGCCUAAUCAAGGGUGCUUCUCAAGGAGAAGGACUUGGCAAUGCCUUCCUCUCUCACAUCCAGGCCGUCGAUGGCAUGUUCCACAUUGUCAGAGCCUUUGACAACGACCAAGUUCUACACGUGGAUGACUCGAUCGAUCCCGUUCGGGACCUGGCUACCAUCCAGAGCGAGCUGUGCAAGAAGGAUCUCGACAUUCUGGAGAAACAAAUCGUUGCCGAGGAAGCAAUCGUCCGAAAGGCAGGUGGCAAGUACAAGAUGUUGCCUCUCUUCACAGAGACCACGACCAAGAUCCGAGCUAUGCUAGAAAAGGAUCAGCCAGUCAGGGAUGGAACAUGGACGCCGGCCGAGAUUGCGCUCAUCAACGAGAAGAUCCAGCUCAUCACCACUAAGCCGGUCAUCUAUCUCGUCAAUUUGACGAUGAAGGACUAUCUUAGGCAGAAGAGCAAGUACUUGCCGUCCAUAGCCAAGUGGGUCACCGAGCACGGUGGCAUUCCUCGGGACAUCAUCCCCUUCUCCAUCGAGUUCGAAGAGAAGCUUCACAGCAUGAAGGAUGAUCCGGAGGCGCAGGCCGCCUUCCUCAAGGAGAGCAAGGUCAGCUCCAAGCUGCAAAAGAUCAUCACUGAGGGAUUCACCAAGCUCGGCCUGCAAUACUACUUCACCGCUGGUGAGAAAGAGAUCAGAUGCUGGACUAUCCCAAGGGGCUGCCUUGCACCUCAGGCCGCUGGAGCUAUCCACAGCGACUUUGAGAGGGGAUUUAUCAAGGCCGAAGUCGUCGCCUACCAAGACUUCCAUGAUCUCUGUGAAGGCGCCAAGUCCAUGGCCCCAAUCAAGGCAGCUGGCAAAUACCGACAAGAAGGAAAGUCUUAUGUUGUCCAAGAUGGAGAUAUUAUCCACUUUCAGUUUAACGUUGGGAACAAGAAAUAG